AAGCAAAAGUAUAAAUUAAUAAAUGCCUGCACGAGUUAGGAUGUAUUCAUAUGAAAAUUACGGCGUUGCUAAAUUGCUAUGCCGACAAGAUCAGACAAUGAUGACCGUUCUAAGUUCAUUUGAAGUCAUUCGCUGCAAGACUGCUUUAUCAGGGCGUCGAUCUUACAGUUGUAAGUCAAACUGAAAAAGUACUGCAUUUAAAAAAAACAUCUUGAACAGUCUGUCCAAACAACUUCUACAGGUGGAUUUAUUCAAGUUCAUCCGUGUUCAACAGCUUCAACGACUGUUCUAUACUAGUGCGUGGACUGCUUUGUAUACGAGGAUGGUAUAAGUCAAACUGUUGUACUAAUUAUAGUAAGUUCUGCUCAACAUGGGGAUUCAGAGUCGUCUUCCUGAUGUUCGUAUACCGUGGGUCUCCAUAACGGACUUUCUGCUGGCUGACGUAGACAAAUAUGCAGACUUUAUAGCAGUGGUCGACACCCAAAGUGACAUCAAAUAUACGUACGGUGACGUCAGAAACCACGUGAGAUCCAUCGGCAGCGCGCUCACCCGUAAGGGUUUUCGAAAGGGAGACGUGCUGUGUAUAUAUUGCCCGAACGUUCCGGAGUUUCCCUUAGUAUUACUGGGAACUCUUGCUGUGGGUGGGAUCGUUACCACUUGUAACCCACAUUACACAGCAGAGGAACUGGAAAAGCAAAUGAAACUUGCGCAUGUGCAGUAUAUAAUCACAGUGCCUGAGUGUGCAGAGAAGGCCGUCAGAGUUGCUGCUACAACUGAAAUAAAGGCUGUGUACGUAUUAGGCAGCGCCCAGGGAUGCACCCCAUUCACCGAACUUCUAAAUGACAGCGGUUUUGCCUUCCCUGAUGACGUCAACAUCUCGCCGCAAGAUGUCGCACUCCUCCCGUUUUCCAGUGGCACGACAGGCCUGCCCAAGGGUGUGAUGCUCACGCACUACAAUAUUGUCGCCAAUCUCUUGCAGUCGAGAGAUUUUAUAUACACCGGACGCCCUAGUGUAGAUUUUGUCAUGGGGUAUCUUCCUUUCUUCCAUGGC